GGCUCGUGGCCAUGGUAACGCCGCGCCCCGCCCCGCCCCGGCACAGCGCAGCGCAGCGCAGCCGGGCCUGAGCCGCCCGGGCCCGGGCGGGAGUGUGGAGCUGCGGAUGGAGAGCGGCGGCGGGACCAGCCCAGUGCGUGAAUACCCAACUGGUGUCAUUCCUAGAUGUGGUCCAGCAAGUCCAUUUAAAGGACACUUAAGUACUAAAAGUAAUGCUUUCUGCAUUGAUUCUUCUCAAACUCUAACUAAGCAAUAUCUGAUAAGAGAUCACAUGAUGUUUCAUUACAACAGAAUCCUUUCAGCCAAAGCAGCUGUAGACUGCUCAGUGCCGAAAAGUAGGUUGACCAGCAUCAAAUUUGCUGACCAGCAAAGAAGAGAGAAACUGAAAAAGAAGAUAGCCAGGUGUGAAGAGGAAAUGAGUAUGGGCAAAACUGCCUCCAAAUCCAGCUCAAGAGAAAGUGGAAGGCUGCUGCCAUCCUCUUUUGGAAAGAGUUUCUUGGAAGCAGAAGACAAAGAUGAUCUCUUCCCCUAUGCUCAGCAGGCACAGUACCUAUCAAGAGCACUGUCUCCUUAUAGCAAGCAUGGCUUGGUUCCAUCUAGACCAGUAAAAUAUGCCAGCAAAGAUUUUCGGAAUACAUCUAAUGCAUCAAACUCAAGUGUCAGUACACCAAGAAAAUGCUCUGGACUUUCAUGCAGUUGCUCCACUGAUAGUUUUGUGAGCAUUAAUCAUUCCCAGAGGCAGAAAGGGCACAGCUCCAAAGUAUGCAGUGGCGACCUUCUGGAAAGGCACUCUGAAUUCUUUACUGACAGCCGAAAACCUUUUACUCCACGCACCUUAAUAUCAGAUGCUAAAUCUUUCCUGUCAGAAUACAGGUAUUACACUCCUCCUCGAAGAAAGAGAAAAAAUGACUGCAAGCGCCAUGUGGAAGCUCAAACACAGACUGAUGUCAUCAGCCUUCCAUCUGCAGAAAAAGCAUUUGAGAGAAAAGUUAUGACUGAACAGCAGAAGAUCACUUUGAAGGCUGAAGAUGGGAGAUGUACUGUGGAUGAGCCUGAGAGAGGAAUAGCUGCUUGUCCAUCCUCCUUCCUAAGAGAGGGAUCAUUGUAUUCUCAGCACCCUUCAGCAAGGAGGACUAUCAAGGAUGAAGAAGAAGAGUUUUUAUAUUUAGCUUUCAUUGAAGAUGUAACAAAUGAAAUUCUCAGCCUUGGGCUAUUUUCUAACAGAGUUCUGGAACAACUAUUUGAAUGUCAUAUACAAGAAAAUAAGAACCAUUUGGAUGAGAGCAAAAUGCGACACUUGUUGGAUGUACUGAAAGCAGACCUUGGCUGUGGCCCAGCCAGCAGCACAGAGAAAAUCCACUCAGACUGGGAAUCUGUUGAGUUGCUGGAUCUACAAGAGUUUGAUAUGACAGAAGAGCUCGAGUUUACCAGUAAAAGUCAGAGCCAAAGAAAAGCUACAAAACAUGAAGAAUUCCUUGGGAGUAUGGACUUACCAUUAAAGGAACCAAAUGAAUGUGAAUUUCCAGUAUGCAGGGAAAGUUCAAAGGAGACACAGAGCAAGGAUGACUUUACAGAAGAUGUUACUGAAAUUAUGGUUGCUGGGGCAGAGCCUGAUUCUUGUGUGAAGUCUGAAGAAGACCCAGAUACUUUGCCUUCUUGUGAAGCAACUUUAAACUUGGUUCCUUGUGACAGCUCUUUGGAAGUCAACAGGGCACUGGAUGAUCUUGAGGAAAACUUUGCAGAUGCCCUUCAGAUCUGACAUGACUAUUCAUAAUAGUAGCCAACAUUUAGCUGUUAAAUAGGGAUGAAGCUAGUUCUGUGGAGAUCUGCCAUUUGUUAAAUAGUAAGAAAGUAUUUGUUUUAUUUUCAGACUGGGCCUGUAACUAUUUAAGAAAUAAAGAAAAUCAACU